AUGCAGAAGGGAGGAGAGGUCCAGCAGUUCGCCUCGGCGCCACAAGCGGUGGGAUCGAGGAACAAGUACAGAGAUCCCAAUGACACGAAGGGCCAUGGGAACAUCAUGUAUGACCGCCGCGUGGUGAGGGGCAACACCUACGCAGCCGUGGUUCAACCUGAAGAGACGGUGGACGUGCAAAAGCAGCGGGAUGCACAGCGUCGCAGACUGCGUGCAAACCAAACCAAGAAGCGCUCCGGUACGCCAGAGGCGGUGCCCGGCCGGAAGCACAUGGAUAUUCAGACCGACACGUACUUGGAGAAGCUCACCGAUCGCAUCGUCGAGUUCGAGGCGGAGACGCAGACGGACUUCAUCCUGGAUCGUCCGCCUUCGCCGCUCUUCAUGCCAGCGAAGAUUGGCAUCGACAUCGAGACUCAGAUCGAAGACGGUGAACUCUUCGAUUUCGACGUGGAGUGCGAACCAGUCUUAGAGGUGCUGGUGGGGAAGACUCUGGAGCAGAGCAUGAUGGAAGUACUCGAAGAGGAAGAACUUGCCUCUCUGCAAAGGCACCAGGAGGACUUCGAGAAGCGACGGAAUGCCGAGCUCUUGGAGGUGCAGCGCAUGGAGGCCGCCGAGAAGCGCCGCGCCGACGAGGUGCAGCGCCGGCUGGCGCAGCAGGCUGCCAAGCGAGAGCAAGACCUUUGCACCAUGCGCAAGGUGCUCUCAAGGCAGAUCGCAAUGGAGCAUCUGCAAGGCCUCAAGGAGCGAAUGUUGCUGCACCUCUCCGACGCUGGUGUCUUUCCGGAUGUCGGCAGCAUGGCGGUGGAGACAAAGUUUCUGCCUGGCUUGUACCAGAUGGUCUCUCAGCAGAUCAAGAACAUUUCACACGAGCGUGUGUUGGCCGACGCCGUCGUCAACUCCACGGUGGCCGAAAAGUUGGAGCAACACAGUAAGAUGCUGGACAUCGAGCGUCGACGCUUGGCGCUCAUCGAUGAAGCCGAGCGGCAGGCGGGGGGAAAAGGGCGCUGGCACAGAAGCAAGCCGCUGCCGAGGACUUGA